AUGAAUCAGACUAAGCAGCCUGAGCAGCCUGAGAUGGAUACAGACAAGAACAAACGCCUCUUGAAUCGAUAUGGGAUCCUACCAAAGCGAGGCGACCUUCUCAGUCACCAAUUAGAGUUUCGGUGGAAGGGAAGAAAAUAUUUCGACUCGGGAGACUUUGCUCUUAACCAAGCUCAUCGGUCAUCUAACAUUGGCAACGUCACAACAGGUCAGGAACACCCAAUCCGUCAGGAAAUAUCAGAGCCUUCUAGUUCCGUCCCGAGUUCAAGCAACAUCGAUGAUAACGCAACCCAACCGUCGUCAACGAGACAAAGAAGCCCAGAAGUAAAGUUUCAUGCCCAAACUCACCUUCAUCAAGAGAUCGAAAGCCCUCCCGAGAGUGAACGUCAUAGGACAGAUGAGAGAAAUAACGGGUAG